AUGGUUCUCGCUCCAAAGCUCUACCAGUUCCUCGUGGGCGUGUUCGCCUCCAUGGGAUCUAUCCUUUUUGGAUAUGAUCUCGGAGUUAUUGCUGAAGUUGGAAUUGUUGUAUCGUUCUUCACGGGCGGUGCUUUCUGUGGAGCUGGAUUGGCAGGUCCUGCGGGAGAUAGACUGGGACGAAGAUUGACGAUUGUCAUUGGAAGCAUAAUCUACCUUCUCGGUGGAGCCCUGCAAACGGGAGCUGCAAACAUGGGUAUGCUCUGGGCAGGACGUUGGCUGGCAGGUGUCGGUGUCGGCUUUUUGGUCAUGAUCAUUCCUCUAUAUCAGUCCGAGAUUGCUCAUCCAUCAAUUCGGGGCACAAUCACAUCUCUCCAACAGUUCAUGCUUGGUAUUGGGGCCUUUGUCGCUGGAUGGAUCAGUUACGGGACCUAUGUUGGGCUGCAUAACCAGGCUCAGUGGCGCCUGCCACUCGGUCUUCAGAUGCUCCCAGCUGUUGUACUUGGCGCCUUGAUUAUGCUCUUCCCGGAAUCGCCACGUUGGCUCAUCGAUCACAACCGACCAGACGAAGGCUUGAGGACGCUUGCUCGGCUUCACUCCAAUGGCGACGAAAAUGACCCAUGGGUCAGGGCCGAGUUCGAUCAAAUUCAGGAGAGCAUCACAUUUGAGCAUGAGAACGAAGCUAAAUCAUACUUUGAGCUCUUCACGAACAGAUCCUCUUUUCGUCGCUUGUUCAUUGCCUGUGCCCUCCAAGCCUCCAUCCAAAUGACUGGUGUCUCAGCCAUCCAAUACUACAGCGUCAAGAUCUAUGGGCAAAUUGGCAUCAGCGGCUCAGACGCUCUCAAGUACCAAGCAAUCAACAACAUCAUCGCCCUCGUCGGAGAAGCCUGCUGCGUCCUAUUCGUUGACAAGCUCGGACGUCGACGUCCCUUGAUCGGAGGCAACCUCUUCAACAUGGUCUGCUUCCUCGUGGCGUGUAUCCUGAUCGCCAAAUUCCCACCCGGCACAACAAACAACCACGCCGCCUCCUGGGGCUUCAUAAUAUGCACGUGGCUCUACAACUUCUCCUUCUCCGCGACGUGCGGCCCUCUGUCCUGGGUCAUUCCCGCCGAGAUUUUCGACACACGGACCCGUUCAAAGGGCGUCUCGAUCGCCACCAUGGUAUCCUUCGCCUUCAACACCCUGAUCGGGCAAAUCACCGACACGGCGAUGACCAACAUCGGAUACCGAUACUACUACCUCUUCAUUAUCUGCAACUUUACGAACGCACUGUUCUUUUAUCUAUUCUUGCCUGAGACGAAAAAUCUGCCGCUUGAGGAGAUGAAUUAUCUGUUUACGAAUGCGCCGUACCUUGUGGCCGGACAUGAUAAGAGUAAGUAUCGUGCGGGCUACGCGGAGGACCUGGAGAGGCGCGCUGUGGAGAUUAGGGAGAAGGGUGGGGUUAUUGGGGAUCAGGAGCAUGAGGAGGAUGUAACAAGGGUGCAGUAG